GAUCAUCAUCGAGUCUUCAACGACUCCAGCGAUCUGUUCGUCAAGGUUCGUCUCCUUCCCCACCCGCCUGCUCACGGCUCCACUAAUUGACUGGCGGAGCUCCAAACCGCUGGAAAUGGUGGAGCAAGAGCGAAGGUCGUAGGAAUCCAAGGGCGUCCGCAUCAAGCACGCGUUCCACACCAGCCGGAGCGGCUACCAAUCCGCCGCUUUCCCCCAAGGCCUCGAGUAGCCCUACGCCGUCGAUUGGGGGUUCGUCGCCAUCUUCGACGCCGAGUUCCAACCCCGACCUCGCUCUGGUGCAGGUCAGUUGUAAAUUUGGUGAGCCCUAGUUGCAAAAUCGCAUUCUCUUGAUCCCCAAUUCAUGCAUUGUUGAAGCUUUAAAAUGUUAUGUUAUCUUUGCUCAUCGAUAUGAAUUCGCAAUCGUGCAAUGUUGGAGUUAAAAAAAAAGAAGAAGUCAUCUUGGUUUCGACCUAAAAAGCUCAUCUUAGUGAUGAAUGCAUGCUGACACAACUCCAAGACAUGUAACAAGACGUGGGAUCAUCGUCUACCCACACAUUUUUCAGAUACAAUGGGACUUCUGGAGUGUGGAGGAUGCAAGCCCUGGCCAAUGCUGGUGGUUGGAAAGAUCAAACCACUAUUGGAGACAUGGAUUUGGCUAUUAGAGACUCCUUGAAGGCUGGAAAUUUCUGUUCAUUGAAACCUAGCAGGUGUUUGUUUUUUGCUUGAAUUAUGUUGUUCAAAUUUUGAGGUGUUUUUUUGCUUCCAAAGUUUGUACCUUGCAGGCAAAAAAUGAACUACCGAGGAUGUUCAAGAUAUAUACAUUUCAGCAACACAGAUGGUCUUGACUCGUGUGGCCCUGCAAAUUUGUUUAGUAAGAUGUUCAAAGAAACAAUACCCUGCAAGGAAGGCCUUUUUCGUCUAUUGAGUGAUCAUUCCAGCUCCCCCUCUGCUAUCAGAAGUUCAUCAUCAAAAUAUUAUCGCUGUAUAUAUUCCACGGUAUAUCAACUCCUUUUCAGUCACUUGUUUAAGAUCGAACCUACAGCUUUAAGUAAUUAACCACAAUGCAUGGCUUCUCAAGCAACACUUUCAAGAAUGUUAUUUACUACUUUAUGUUUACAGUGCAGGGCCUUUCAUUUCAUCAUCUCCUAGAUCUUGUUUGAGAAUGCCAUAGCAAUGCACUUGCCAAAGGAAACCAUAUCUAUGAAUCGAUCGUCACUGCAAAGCUAGGGAAUCUGCAAGAAAUAAGAGCAAUUUCUAGAUCACAAAAAAGAUAUCAUUGCCACAUCACACACAAAGGUAUGCCAUGAAAGAUCAACAUGGAGCCUUAUACACCAUGUGCCUUUUGUGUAUCAGGAUUCACCCGAUGAAGUCUCGUCGACUUGUUCAUCCAAUCUAUGCCAUUCUUCCUCAUGAGAUUCAGUAGAUAUGUUUCCAACUGAUGAAGAUGAUGCUCAUUACCUUGGUCAACAUCAAUGGACGUAGCGAACUCUUCUCCUGUGAUGGUCCACAUCGGACGGCUCUCCUGCGCCCGCCAAACCGCCACCGCACGUAUUAUCAUUGCCUGCAUGACCGUCUCGUAACUAAUGCGUGAGAAUCACCCGCUUCUUCACCGAUAAUUUCUAUUGGCUGUUUUGAGGAAGAGCAUUCUGAAUUAUAUGGGUGUUCGUUGGGUACGUUGUCGUUAUUGAUGUCUAUAUAUUGCCUUCGGCCACCCUUCGCCAGUUCCAUUUCCUCUCGAUCCACAUCGAAAAGGAGAAAGAGAGAAGGCGAAGAGUGGCCGCCAUGGGAAAGAAGAAGCAACAGAGCGAGGACGGGCCGGCGAUGGCCGGCAACGCUGUGGUCGAGGCGACGGACGAAGGCGGAGAAAACGAUGAGGAAAAGGAAAACAGAGUCGGAGGCAAGGGAAAACCGGAGAAGAAGGACGAUGGAAGCAUCACUGUCGUCUUAAAGGUCGACAUGCAUUGCGAGGGCUGCUCCAAAAAAGUCAUCAAAUCCGUCCGAGGCACCCAAGGGGUGGAGGCGGUGAAGGCGGAUGCUGGGAUCGGGAAGCUGACGGUGGUCGGGAAGCUGGAUCCGUGGAAGCUUCGAGAUCAGGUGGAAGCGAAGAGCCACAAGAAGGUCGAACUAGUCUCGCCGGCCAACUUCCCCAGGAACGCCAACUCCGCCAAAAAACCCUCAGCCGCUAAGCAAACCGACGAGAAGAAGAAACCUCAGGAAAAACUGGUGGUGACGACGGUGACGCUUAAAAUUCGAUUGCACUGCGAAGGAUGCAUCCGUCGAAUCCGCAAAACCAUCCUCAAAAUCAAGGGUGCGGAGAGCGUCGUAUUCGACACGCAGACGGAUCAGGUGACCGUGAAGGGGACGAUGGACGCGAAGCCGCUGCCGGAGAAGCUGAAGUCGAAGCUGAAGCGAGACGUCGUGGUGGUGCAGCCUAAGAAGGAUAAAGGCGCCGGUGGUGGCGGCGACGGGGAGAAGAAGACUAAAGACGGCUGCGUGGAUAAAAAGAAAGGCGGAAAGGGAGGCGGUGGCGGCGGAGGGGAGAAGGAGGAGAGUUGGAAUCCGGCGGCGGGGGGUGCGCCGGCCGGAUACGCGAUGGAGUACUACGGUGUGCACGCACCGCAGCUCUUCAGCGACGAGAACCCCAACUCGUGCUCCGUUAUGUGAACCAAAUCGGAUGUGAACCAAGUACGAUGUAAAUAACAUAGUUCAUGCGUUUUGAUAUCAAACAAAUUACG